AUGGAACCACAAAAAAGCCAAGACCCGGUCAAUUUCCGUUCCUCUGAACAUAGAACUGAAGAUCAUGGUCCUGACCCGCAAGUUCUCAUGGCUGAUCCUUCAAGCCAUGUGAACGCGAACCUGAAGCUGCCGGAGAUUUCUUUCUCAGAAGUCAAACCAGUGCUUAACUAUUCCAUACAGACCGGCGAGGAAUUUGCGCUCGAAUUCAUGCGCGACAGGUUUAACCCGAAGAAGCUCACAGCAGAAAACUCCGGUGACCCCUGUCAAGCUCCUGGUUACUUGGAGCUAAAGGGCAUUUUGGGAAUUGGCCGCACGGGCUCUGAAAGCGGUUCUGAAAUCUCCAUGAGCGUCCCCGCGGAAAAGGAAUCGAGAGAUUUCACGCAAAAGAAUCCGACUGCAAACGAAGACAAGGUUGGUUAUAACAAUGGCUCUUCACGUGCUCCGCUCAUGUACACCUCGUCCGGAGCUUCCGACAGCUCAGCGACGAAGCUUAAGAUCUUAUGCAGCUUUGGUGGGAAGAUUCUGCCUCGGCCUAGUGAUGGAAAACUCAGAUAUGUAGGGGGGGAAACUCGUAUAAUCCGGAUAAACAGGGAUAUUACAUGGAAAGAGUUGUGGCAGAAAACGAAAGCAAUCUAUGAAGAGACGUGCACCGUGAAAUAUCAGCUCCCUGGGGAGGAUCUUGAUGCCUUGGUCUCCAUAUCGAGUGACGAGGAUGUACUGAACAUGAUGGAAGAGUGUAAUGUUCUGGAAGACGGAGAAGGUUCGAGAAAGCUUCGGAUGUUUCUGUUCUCUCCCGGGGAUUUGGACGAUGCCAAUUUCAGUCUAACCAAUGGCGAAGGCAGUUCGGAGAUGAAAUACGUAGUGGCUGUCAAUGGCAUUGACUUUGGGUCCCGUAAGGUCUCUGGUUUACAUGGUAUGGAGAACUCAUCUGGGAAUAAUCUAAACGAGUUAGAUACGCAGAAUGUUGUUAGUAGGGACAUGAGUAGGGCUGAGGGCCCUGAGCUUGCUGGGGUUAGUAGCUCAAAUUUGGCAGGUUUUGUUGUCCCCCCAUUACAAAUGGAACCUUCUGCAUUGACUGCGCCAACUUCCUCUGGAAUUUAUGGCGCUGAUUUUCGAUUCUAUCAUGGUCAAACCGUACCACACGACCAAGAAAGUCAGCAUCCUCCACAUUUCGGGUACAAUCUUCACGCUCCAUAUUACGCGCCUACUGAAAUGGGUCUGCCUCAAUCUUCUUAUGUGCCUGUUCCUGAACAAAACGGUCUUGAAGGGAUGCCUCUUAACAGCUCGGGAAUACUUGGCAAGGACGUGCAAGAAAAAGACGGUAGACCAAAGGCCGAUGGCCUGAUUAAGUCGGAGAGUGAAAAACAGCUAAUCUUUGCUAACGAGCAACUUGUUCCUUCAUUGACUCAAAGUGAUAGUGCCCCAGCUAAUCUACCUGUUGCGGAGUCUUUGUCCACGGUCCCUAAACUGGAGAGAGAGUUAUCAUCAAAGGAAUCAAAGGGCAAGGGGAGGCCCGAGGAACCUUCACUCGUAACUAAGCCUUUCGAUACUGUUCCUCCAUUAUCCGGUAGCAAUGAGUAUCUUCCUUCCGUAAAUAAUGCCCCUUUUCCUGAACCCACCAAUUCAGAGUCUAGUCCUACUGAUUUGAGCUACCUCGAGUCUUCACUUCCUCCACAGAGGGUCUUCCGUUCCGUGUGGAUUCCCCGGGAGCAGGGAGAGUCUCUCACCAGAAUAUCGAAGUCGGAUGAUUCACACAAUUCUCAAUUUCUGGUUAAUCAGUCAAAUAAUGAUGAUUCUCAGCAGAAUUUGUUUGAAAAACUGCAGAAGGUGAAUUUGAAUAUUCCUACUGAAGAGCCAAACUCAACAGAACGGGCCGUCCCUCAAAAAUUGGAAACUGUUGUUAAUGGGAUUAGUAGAAAUCAGAAGCUGAAACAGGUGGACCCAAUUGAAGUUAAAGAUUCCACAUGCACCAAUCAUUUUCUCAAGGCAGAGACGAAGCCUGGAUUGAAGCUACCGGAUGUGAGCCUUGAGGAUACAGUGAAACACUCUGAAGAUUCUACUAUUCAGUGGGUUGAUGGGGUUAACACUCAGGCCAUUAAUAAGGAUGCUCAACCAUCAACUUGGACUGGAAAUCCGGAAGAGCCGGUUGUUGGUGUUCCUGUGACCAAGCAAGGAGACAUUCUUAUUGAUAUCAAUGAUCGGUUCCCUCGUGAUCUUCUAUCUGAUAUAUUCACAAAGGCUGUUCUUUCUGAUAGUUCCUCUGAUUUUGGCCUUCUACCAAAAGAUGGGCCCGGUUUGAGUGUUAACAUAGAGAAUCACGACCCCAAACAUUGGUCUUUCUUCCAGAGGCUGGCGGGUGAUGAAUUCACUAGAAGGGAUGUUUCUCUUAUUGAUCAAGACCAAGUUGUGUUUCCAUCUGUCCUUACGAAAGUUGAGGAAGAGGCACCUUUAGCAUAUGACUUUGUACCACGGGCGAGAGAUGGAAUUCUUCCUGGUCACAGGGGAGUUCACGAGAAAUUCGGAGAAAAUAAUCAGAAAGAAGUACUUGCCAGUGGUGGAGCUGGAGCUGUCUCUACAGUUGUUCAUCCUGAUUAUGAUGCAUCACUGGUGAAAGUCAGUGAAGCCAUGCAUUAUGAUGAUUUGAUGGGCAAUAUGAGAAAUCGUGACUCAGAAUUUGAGGAUGGAUUUGGAAAUAAUUGCUUGCCAUCUCUAGAUCCGUCUUUGGUGGAUAUUGAUCUCACCUCACUGCAGAUAAUAAAGAAUGCAGAUCUUGAGGAACUGAGGGAGCUUGGAUCGGGCACAUUUGGGACUGUAUAUCAUGGGAAGUGGAGGGGUUCAGAUGUAGCAAUCAAACGAAUAAAGAAGAGUUGCUUCACUGGCCGUCAGUCGGAGCAAGAGAGACAGACGAUGGAAUUUUGGAGGGAGGCUGAAAUUCUCUCCAAGCUUCACCACCCAAAUGUGGUUGCUUUUUAUGGUGUGGUACAUGAUGGCCCUGGGAAUACAUUGGCUACUGUCACAGAGUACAUGGUUGAUGGCUCUUUAAGACACGUUUUGCUUCGGAAGGACAGGCAUCUUGAUCGUCGGAAAAGACUCAUAAUUGCCAUGGAUGCAGCUUUUGGAAUGGAAUAUUUGCACUCGAAGAACAUAGUACACUUUGAUCUGAAAUGCGACAAUUUGCUGGUUAACAUGAAAGAUCCUUCAAGACCUAUAUGCAAGGUUGGGGAUUUUGGUUUGUCGAAAAUAAAGCGGAACACCUUGGUUUCAGGGGGAGUUCGAGGAACUCUUCCAUGGAUGGCCCCGGAGCUUCUGAAUGGAAGUAGCAAUAAAGUUUCUGAGAAGGUCGAUGUCUUUUCAUUUGGUAUUGUCUUAUGGGAGAUUCUCACUGGGGAGGAGCCUUACGCCAACAUGCAUUACGGUGCAAUCAUAGGUUUGUAA